AUGUCUUUCUUUACUAACAUGCUCCAAGGUUUCACGAGCACAGCACCUAUCCGCACAAACUCUCCGCCACAUACAAGCGGCAAUGUCAUCCCCAGCCAAAUUGACGACGAAGACUGGGAGAUUGUCAACCCACACGAAGCUGGUGUCUCUUACUACGACCGCGUCACACUUCUCCUCGGUCCUCGUCAAGAGACGCGCCAUCAGAUCCUCCUCGUCGACAUACCUAAGUUUUCUAAACUUUUGAAUAAACUCAAAAUGCACGCGCCAUUACGCCGCACCAUACAUCUCUCCUUCAUCGACCUAUCGAUGGUAAAAUUGUACCUCAAUUCCCAGUCUAUAUCCGCUGAUGCAAUGGCCAUUGAGUUGUCCUGGAUAGACAUCAUCAAGCUAGCUGCCACGGCCAAUACGUUCCAGGACACCGUCAUCGAAGAUAGGGCACUCGCAGCGCUGACGCAAAAGGCUACUGUAGCACUCUCGCCUGGUAAUGCAGUAUCACUCUUCAAGGAGGAAGACUUUGCAUUUGCCUACACAUACCACACCGAGACGGGCAACAGGGACAAGCUUAUCAGGACGCUGCGUGAUGUUCAACAAAUGGACGAGCGUGAAUCUGAUAUACCUGUGGUGAAGCUGCCAAAGGCUAGAGAUGUGAAGCCGAAGCCGGAGGAGGUCAAGCAGAAGGUUUCGGAUACCAAGUACAGUAAGAGUGUGUUGAAGGAUAAAGGAUUGAGCGCUGCAAAGAAGGAGGGAGAUGACAGGGUGCACCCGAUAAGGCAACCAACCGUGCCACCUAGCAUCGAAGCCUUGAAGCGCGGGGAUGCGAAGAAUUUCGUUUGGUGCUGA